UCUCCAUCGUGGUCCCCCUCUCACAGGAGACAGUCCUCCACAAACUUUCUCCGACAUGAGUUCCUCCCAUGGGCCAUUUGCACUUUCCCUGCCCACCAAGGACGGGCUCACACUGUCUCUGAAAGGCAGUUUAUUGCCACGGAGGAAGGCAGGCCGUUCGCGCCGUGAGUCCCCAGCUCGCGCUGCCGCUGCUUUUCCUUCUGGAGGCAGCACGUCACCAAAGCGCUAAGGACGACUUCGGGAGAUGACGAUGUUGGGCCACCUGCGACGCUGAGGUGCCGUCCUGAGGCCCCGUGCUGUGCCCCGGCCACGCGCCGCGUCGGAGCGGAUGGGCUGUGCGAGCCCAGGCCGGGCUCCAAGGUGGCUUCUGUCCCCUGGAGCCGGGAGCCCAGGGCCGGCGGCAGCCCUGCAGGUGCAGCCGCAGCGCUGCGGCGCAGAGAGGAAGGAUCCCCUUCCCCGACCUGCCGGCAGCGCUCCCCAUGCCGAGGGCAGGAGCAGAGCCGCAGCCUGGGCCAGGGCUGCAGCCCUGGGCUCGCACGGCCUGACCAGCACCGGUCGGCCAACAGUGCCAGCCUCGACGGCUGCCCCGCGGGACCUGCCUUUCGGCUCUGCGCUGGCUGCAGGAGCAGCCGCCCCGCUCCCGGGGGUGCCGAGGGCUCGGGCCCCCGCCUCGGCACUUCGCACCCACCCCUGUGAGGCGGCGGCCGGCUCCGAGGGGCUGGCACGUUCCUGAGGGCGUCCCUGCCCGUCGUUGGGGUGCAUCCAGGCCAACGGUGCUGAUGUCACUGUGGCCAUUGUGACCCGCGGGGGACAAGCCUGCAUAAAGCAUCGCUGGGCUCAGGCUGUGCCUCAGUGCGACCUGGUGAGGUGAGGGGAGGGCAGGGGUGGACGGGGCUCGUGCGGGGCUGCCGAGGGAGGAGGGCGGCCCCGUGCCGGGGGGCGCUGGGCCUCUGCUGCAAGCUGACCCGCGCCCUGCUUCUCCCCCAGAGUCAACCGAGGAGCACUUGGGAGAGACACCCCAGCACUGCGGGGACAGCGACUCUCCCAGCACUCACUGUUGAUGGGUGAGAUGACUGCGAGGAAGCAGGAGGCCGACGACUCGAUGGAGCCAGGUGAGAGCAAAGCAUCCCUCCCGCAGCAUAGCAGAGGGGCUGUCGGGGCGCUCAGCGUGGGGCCGAGAGCGGUGGCAGGGGCAGGCAGGAGCUCCCCAAGCGCCCCGGGGCAGGGCCCCUCCGUGCCGCAGCCAGCGGGGCCCAGGCUGGGCCGUGGGCACCUGCUGCUGGGACACCCGUGCCUGUAAGGCCAGCCCUCAGGGACGCUUGCCCCGGCCCUGCAGAGGUGAGCUGCUCAUUCCCGCUGUCGUUUGCUCUCUCCCCUCCAGCAUGCAUGCUGUGUGGCCGGGCAGAGGCUGACCCGGACAUCUGCGGGUACAAACUGCAGAAGCGAGGGCUCUGCGCCCACCUCUUUUGCCUGUUUUUUGCCAACGGCCUCUUCCAGAAAGAGUCCCACAACGUGGGCCUGAUGGGAUUCCCCCUGAGGGAUAUUCGCCAUACAGUCGAGCAGGCAGCGCAGCAGCGCUGCUUCGUCUGUGGCGAGAGCGGGGCCGCCAUCACCUGCUGCCAGGAGGGCUGUGACCGCAGCUUCCACCUCCCCUGCGCCGUGGAGGGGGAAUGCGUCAUGCAGUUCUGUGGGCUUUACAGGUAAGGGUAGCCGGCCCUCCCACAGGAGGAUCACCCACUUUUUUAUACCCCUUUCUGACAGCAUCAAUAAGCAAACAUAAAACAAGCCCACAGUGACACUUCCUAGCAGACAGUCAUGGACAGAGCGAGUGGUGGGAUUCCUUCACACAUUAUCACCCAUCAUUCCCACCAAAACACUCCUCACCUCACCCUUCCCUUUCCUCUUGCCUCCCCAGGUCCUUCUGCUGGCA